UGUCAUAAAAACACGGAUAUUUAGUUAAUAAUUUAAACUGUCAAUGAAAAAGUGGUUAAACAUUAUUUUCUACUGCUCGUUUCACUUCGCCACGAUUAUCAUUCGCAUAUAUCAAUAAUACAAAACGGUGACUAUGUGUCUUAUGUACUAGAGGACUAGAACCUAAAAACCUACGUCGAAAACUUAUAGGUAGAUAAUCAAACUUGGUAUUUUAAAUACUAAUGUAGUUUGGCAAUACAGUAAAUAUCAAUUAGAAAAAAACAACUGUAUCCAAUAAAAAGAUAAUUGUAUAUUAUUGUCUUACAAUUUGUCAAUAAUAUGCCUUUCAAUUGUAAUGAAUCCGUACGGUCCUGUGCAAUAUAUAAACCUCCCCAUUUACGAAAAAAAUGUGAAGAAACUGUGUAUACACUGAAUAAUAAUACUUCUUCAUUGGACAAUAAUACUUUUUCACUGAACAAUAAUACUUCUUCACUGAACAAUAAUACUUCUUCACUGAACAAUAAUUCUGCUUUACUGAACAAUAAUAAUGCAAAGGUAAACAAUAAUAAUGUGCUGAAUUCGGAAAAUAAAGAAUCACGUACCAAGUUCUAUAUACCACCUGCUAAACGUAAUUUGAACAAUGCGGGUUUAUCUAAGUAUUUUGAUUGUAAAUUCAAGGGGACUCGCACAGAAUAUUCAAAAAAGCUUGAAGAAUCAACUACUGUGUAUGUUGGACAUUUAAAUUUACUUUCUACGGAAGAAGAUGUUCGCAGGCUAUUUUCAGAGGCAGGAAAAAUAAAAACCAUUAUAAUGGGAUUGGAUAAAAAUACAUUAGGUCCUGGUGGAUUUUGCUUCAUUGAAUAUGAAACAAGAAAGGAAACUGAAAAUUGCAUGAAAAUAAUGAAUGGAACUAUAUUAGAUGGAAAACAACUGUUAAUCGAUUGGGAUGCUGGAUUUAUCGAAGGACGUCAAUAUAGACGUGUUAGGAGACAUCAACAAAGAACCUAUGUGCAGCUAAAAUAAAUAUUCUUAAUAAAUUCACACUUAAAGUAUAACAAAGUGAACAAUAAUUUAUUAUAAGGAGUGUAUUUUUAUGCAAUUGUUUAUUUAAAUUCUCUAUUUUUGUUUUAUAAAUAUUAAUUAAUAUUCUAUUGCUUAAUUUUUUUUUGUACUUACCAUUUAAUGAGAAAAUAUUAUGUAUAACUAUGUUUGUGUUAUCCUAUGAGGUCUUUGAAAAUAU